AGUAAACAAAGUAAAGCUACACCUGAGGAAAAUACAAUGUCCCCGAAAGUUGAUGAGCGAGAUUGGUUCAUUUGUUUACAAUCAAAUGGUUCUAAAAUCCGAUAUAAGAUGGACACAGGAGCUCAAGCGAACGUCCUGCCAUUAUCAACAUACAACCAACUCAACAUCAAGCCCAUCUUAGAAAAAACUAAUGUGAAAUUAUCAGCAUAUAAUGGAGGAGAUAUACCAGCAAUUGGGAAGUGUGAAUUAAACCUAGUAAACAAGAAUGAAAGUCACGAAGUUAUGUUCAUCGUCACCAACACCGAAUCACCACCACUUCUUUGA